GCAGAUAAGACCUGUCUUUAGAUCAACAACAGAGGAGGAGGCUGCCCACUUGGAAGAAAGAAAACUGUUGUCAUGAAAGAAAGUGGAAGAACGUUUCUUCUCUCGAGUUGAUCGGAUGAAUCCUGUGGAGCUUGUGUUUUGGAGCGCAAGGCAUUGAAUGAAGGAUGGAAUUAGGAAAAGCUAAACUUCUGAGAAGUGGCCUAAAUGCUUUAUAUCAAGCCAUUCACCCCAUGCACGGGAUCGCGUGGACAGAUGGCAAGCAAGUGGCCCUGACGGCGCUGCACUAUCACAACAAGGAACUGAAGUUUGGAGAGUCAACUGUUAUUGGCCAGUUUGAACAUGUCCAUGGGCUGUACUGGAGCCCGCACCACUCUGCCAACACACCGGCCCUGCUUGCCGUUCAGCACAAGAAGCAUGUGAGUGUCUGGCAGCUGAGCCACAGCGCCACAGAAAAGAACAAACUGAUGGUUUCUCAGACCUGCGAAGUUGGUGAGCCAUUCCAAUUGCUUCCGCAGGGCUGUGUGUGGCAUCCCAAGAGGGACAUUUUAUCUGUGCUUACUAAAAGGGAUGCUUCUGUUUUGUAUGCUGUGCGCUCAGACAACUCUAGGGUUAAAGCAGAUAUCAAAAGCAGUGGUCUCAUUCAUUGUGCCUGCUGGACCAAAGAUGGCAACCGUUUGGUUGUUGCCAUAAGCACUGCUCUUCAUUCCUAUAUAUGGGACAAUGCCAGGAAGACAUUAAGUGCAUGCUCCUUUUGCCCGAUAUUUGAUGUUGGGAGUUAUAUCUGCGCUAUCGAAGCCACUGUGGACUUCCAGAUUGCUGUGGCUACUGAACUUCCUCUUGAUAAGAUAUGUGGCUUAAAUGCAGGUAUUACAUUUGAAUUGCCAGUAGGUACUGAAACGGGGUCUGUCACAUCGCAGUCUACGCUGGUACUUGGGGAUGAGGAAUAUUCUAUGGAUUUGAGGAGAAAGUCUAUUGAUUCUGACAAAUCAGCAACAAUAGAGUCAGUGGCUUCAUCCUCAUCAGGCCCCGUUGAUUUAAUGCAUAUCCUUGCAAACCAUCGGAGAUCUGAUCCCAGUCCUCUCAUUACUUUGAGAAGGAAGGACUAUCCUUCUGGAACUGGACAAGAUUCGUCCCACUUGAUUUUAGUGACUUUUGAAGGAAAGGUAACCACAACCAGAAAAGUCAGUAUUCCAGGUAUUUUGGUCCCGGAUAUAAUUGCCUUUGACCUUAAAGCUCAAACUGUGGCAAUAGCCUCGAAUACUUGUAACAUUGUUUUGGUCUAUUCUGUAACCUCCUUCUGCAUGCCCAACAUCCAACAAAUCCAGCUAGAGAAAAGUGAACGGCCCAAAGGUCUAACCUUUUUGACGGAUAAUCUCUUAUUGAUUUUGAUUGGCAAGCAAAAAUUCACUGACCCUGCACUUAUUCCAUCAUCUAAUUCAGACAGAUAUAUCAUCCGCCUAAUGAUCAAAGAAUUAUCAUUUGAAGAAGAAUCUUCAGCAAAAUCUAAUGUUCCUCAAAGUCUUCCUUUUAGUGUUGAGUCGUCAGUCAACCUAUCUGGGAAAAGAAAAUAUUUUGACAAUCUCGCAGCAGAGAAUCAUGUUGUAGGCCGGGAGCUCCUAAUACCAGGGAGCACUAUUAUCCAAUCUUCUAGUGGAAGGAGACGCAUGUUGGAAGAACUGAAGAGUCCCAGUUAUGAACAAAGUUCAUCAUCCAGCAUGAGUGAUUUUGACGAAAGAAGAGCCCUGGCAGAUCCAACCAUUGCUCUAGAAACAUUGGAUACUGAGCCAGUAAAUCGAUCAGUGGCCUUGUUUGGUCUUGGAACAUCUGCUCGGUUUUCCCAUCGAUGUGUUUCCCCUAAAGCGAUACAAGAAACUCUAAAUUCUCCUAAAAACAACAUUUUGGCAAGUGAAAAGGGGGCAUGCCAGAUAUCCAGAAAUCUGGAACGACUCUGUGGAAAUUUUAAUGACUUACAGCUGCGGCUUCUGGAAAUAACGGAAUUCAGUAAAAAUGGGAACAAAUUAUCUGUUGCCUACCCAUCUUCUCAAGAACCACCUUUUGUUCACAUCACCUAUCAGAAGCUUUAUUCGAAUGGAUCUAUAAUUGAAGAAACGAAAACUGUUCUCCUAUGUGAUGGCAAGAUUCAUCUGAGUUUAGUCCAGCAGCUGUUUGAUCUGCCUGUUGUUGAAAUGAAAUAUGGUUCUUCUUGGAUUGUUCUUGCUGCAGAUAAUGAAGGUUUUAUUCCACUAACAUUCAAAGCAAAGCAGGAGAUAAUCAUAAGGGAAGGAAGUGAUAGUUUGGAAGCCUGUGGAAGUCAUUCCUUCAAAAGAAAAAAUCCUUCACAACCAUCAAGCAGUGUGACCUAAUUAGACCUAAAAGCUCUUCAAUAUAAAAAUUGCACAGAUAGAAAAUUAUCAGCAGGACAAUUGACUGCAUUAUUCUUGUAAAUCAUGUGGCUUUUAUCCUACAAUAGCUAGUUCUCACACACACUUCAAGAUCAGAUUUAGUAUAUCAUGUCUUCAGCAAAAUUUUGAUAGGCUGAAUAACUCAUCUAGGCACAAAAUAAACAUGUUUUCAAAUCUAUAUACUAACAUGCUAAAGCAUCAUUGUUUCAUCUGUUUCCAUUCAUCGUGCAAGAUGACUUCUUCCUAGAUGAUACCAUGGAAAGAACAUCUUGAAUACAAUAGAGAGACAAAAUAUAAUGAUGUUUUGGAUCCUGAUGUUCUGUUACUGGAACCCUGUUCAGAGCAUACUCCCAUUGGCAGAAACAGGCAAGACGGGACAGAAAGCAGCUUUCAUUUACAGUCGGCCUUCUGUAUCCACGGAGUCAACCAUCUACGGUUUGAGAAUAUGUUUGAAAAAUCCAAAAAGCCUUGAUUUUGCCAUUUUAUAUAAGGCACACCAUGUUCCAAACGCUUGUUUACAAUGGGGCUUGCACACCCACUGUAUUCUGCUUUCGUCCUGAAACCCAAAAAUAUGCUCUGUGAAAUGUGGCUUGGGAGACCUUCAACAGAGACUGCCAGAGGAAAAAGUUUUAAAAGUCUGCCAUUCCAUCAGCAGUAGUCUCCACUGGGAAAAAAAUCUCUAUAAACCUACACAACUUUAACACGCAUGGAAGAUCAAUUUAUUCAUAUUUCUUUCAUCAUUGAGACAUUUUCUGUGUAUAAACUGGUUAAUAAACUAGGAAUUCUUGUCCUAUUUCUUCCAGUGAACACAGAGAAAGCAGAAACAUCUCUCUACCUCCUGAACUCUUUUGGUGUGUAUGAAUGAGAGGACUUUAAACCUUCUAAUUGUCUUCAUAGGGACCAGCUAUUUGUACUGUGAGACCUUUCACUAGAACAGGUAUUAACAGGGCAAGCAACUCAGUUCAGAUUAGGAUGAUAAUAGGGGUGAAAGAUUAAAGCCUUUACCCACUCCCAAAUUGUGUUCCAAAUCAGAUCCUCUACAUCAGAAAUGUAUUUUUAAAAGCUAUCAACCCAACUGUGUAGCACAAGAUAUCUUUGUGAGCUUGGCUCCAAGGAAAAGAUGGAGAACACUGGAUUUGAUCUUCUUCAAUCCAGUAUAUCUGAACUUCCUCAAACUAGGAUUUGAACUUCUUCAAUCCAAAUAUUUGAACUUCUUCAAUCCAGGAAAAAUCCAGGGAAAAAAUAGUUCUUUGUUGUUUUUCUUGUUUAGAUAUAUGGUCUCUUGAAUUGUUUGAGGGUCAUUCCACAAACUGUUUCCUUCAUGGAUACUGCUUUUUUAUAGGAAAGGCCAUUACAACAUGAACAUAAUGCCAUGUGAAGAAUCCAUGUGUUUCUUUUUGUCGAAAUACAAUGGAAUAGACACACUGAAUGUUUCUAAGAGAUGCCAGAAUGUAUGUAUUGUGUCUAUGUUUUUUUUCUCUUGCUUGAAUAUAAUGUGUGACAUAGAGGUUUCUAGAUUAUAAGAAUCAUUUUUGAAGUACUGUAAUGCAUAUAUUUUCUUUGUGAUUGUUUAACCAAUCCUGUUAAUACAAGUCUACACAUAUGAUGAAAUCCAUGUGGUAGAAUAUAAAUUAUUGCUGAGAACUUCCCUGUCCCCAUGUGCAAAUUGCAGACUUUUUCAGAUUUUUAACUAAACUGUAGAAUAUUAGCAGCUUGUAAAGGCCCUUUAUUGUGGGAAUCAAGAUUUGUGUAAGUGCUCUGAAGAAAUAAAUUUGAAACAUAUCUUUAUUCUUCCUCAGAGUUUCUAUUUUUGCACUUUUUAUAUGAGGGCAGCUUGUUUUUUUAUUGCAAUUGCUCAAAGAUGGGUCUAGCCUGGUUAUCAAUGAACCGUAAUCAUUUCCUCAUUAGAAACUUUAAAUAUACUGUAAAAUGCAUGUAGCUAUCCAAAUGAAUUCUAAUUUAUCUCUCUACCUGUGAUAUAUUUCUAUAGCUAAAAACCCACUGUCAAGAAACAGUGAUACAUCUGUGUCAGCAAAUGUAUUUUAAUAAACAUAAUUAUCUGACAGACAAAUGUUCUGGUUUAUUAAAU